CUACCGGAAAUGCACAUUGUUUUUCAUUGUUCCAAAGGCAUGCACGAUUGAAGGGUGAAUGGAGGCAACACAGCUGAUCGAUGACUCAAUAUUGGAAGAGUCAGAGGAGGAGGAUGAUGGAGAGAAGCGAGGAGAGCCACUGGCCAAACUCAGGGUGUUAAAAAAUAAACACAUCACAGAGACUGAGUUGCCUCUCUACCAGGGAGAAAAUGUGUUGGGUCGAAACCCAGACUCCUGCUCCCUGCCCCUUGUGGCCCGCUCUGUAUCCAAGCAACACACCAUCAUCUCCAUCUCAAUGUUUCGCGGCAACCGUCGUCACGGCAAUGUUGCCACCAUGGAGACAGAGGCUUUAGUGUGGGACCUGGGCAGCAUGAACGGGACAAGGAAGGGCCGGACCAAACUGACCCCUCACGUCCGCUACGCUCUGACCGAGGGAGAGUGUGUGGUAAUAGCUGACAUCCCCUGCCAGUAUGUCUCUGUGGACCAGAGGGGGGGACAGGGGCACAUGCAGAACCCGACAAACACACACUCUGGAAGGGGAAGGAGGACAGGGCCAGACAGGAAGGCCCAGCUCAGAGGAAGCCCUAGCGGCCAAGGUCUGGGACGAGAGACUGGCACACCGAAGACUGAGGGUAGAGAAGUUAAUGGAGAGAUUGGGGCACCAUCGUUGACUGAGCUGGGUGGAAAAGGUACAAAUCUGGCCAAACCCCUGUCGUUUGAACAAACCCCCACACAGCCUGAGAGGACACUGGUGCCUGAAUCUGACUCCGAUGGAGAGCGAGAGGGACGGAGAGACAAACGGGGAAAGUACUUUGUCUCUGAUUCUGACUCGCACAUGUCCAGUCCCACCUGUUCUACAUUUCUCAGUCCUACAACCAAAGUCAUUCCAGAGAGUGAGGACGAGAGCCCCAUCACUCCCUCCUCCUCUGCUAAAAACAGACCCAAGAAAAUAGUGAGCUUCAGUGAGGAGGAGAGCGACAUGGAUGGACCGAGACAGCAGCCCAGGAGAAGAAGAGCACAAGUGAUAGUGUACGACAGUGAAGAAGAGGAGGAGGGGAAGGAAGGCACAGAGGCACUAGGAGAGAAGGAAACUGGCAAAAGGACAAGAGGAAAGGAGGAUGUGUCAGUGGUGAACCAGGUCAGUCAAGCUGAGAGAGAUCGAUUAACCCCCUCUGCACCAAUGGUGUCUACAGAGGACACGUCUAACAUGGACAGUGACACAGACGUAGAGGGAGAGGAGGAGAUGGGGCUGUCUGCACCUGUAAACGCUGUUAAGCCACCAGCCGCAACAGAACCUCCUACUACAGACUCUGACCCAGGCCAGAUCCACCUGGACAGUGACACAGACGUAGAGGGAGAGGAGGAGAUGGGGCUGUCUGCACCUGUAAACGCUGUUAAGCCACCAGCCGCAACAGAACCUCCUACUACAGACUCUGACCCAGGCCAGAUCCACCUGGACAGUGACACAGACGUAGAGGGAGAGGAGGAGAUGGGGCUGUCUGCACCUGUAAACGCUGUUAAGCCACCAGCCGCAACAGAACCUCCUACUACAGACUCUGACCCAGGCCAGAUCCACAUGGACAGUGAUACUGAUGUAGAGGAAGGGGAUACUAUGGACGGUGACUCUAAGUUAAUGCUAACUGCUGCCGAUGUGGAGAGGAAACCAGUAGAUUCUGUCCCAGUGAUGCAGCCAACAGAGAUACACCUGGACAGUGAUACAGAUGUGGAUGAUGAUGUUGUUGUGUCAGACAGUGCUACCAAUGUUACCUCCUUCGUAUCCGAUCCGGCUGAGAAACCAGACGAUCCUGCCCCUGCAGUGCCACCCGUAGAAUUCCACCUAGACACUGACACAGAUGUGGAAGAGGAGGACACACAUUCCAAAACAUUUCCAGAAUCAGAUUCUAGUGGGAUCAGAACAGGGAUUGCUGGUCCCCAGGAGAUCCUUUUGGACAGUGAUACUGAUGAAGAAGACAACCCGUUUACCCCUCCGGCCAGCAGCAGAACAGCGGAGCUCCUUAAUCCACCCACCAGUGUAGGACCUGCAGCUGCUGCUCCUCUGGAGAUCAGGUCUGACAGCGACACAGACUUAGAGGAAGACGCCACACAGACCAUGAACCUUCCUCCUAAUGUCACCACGGUAACGGAGGAUGCGGUGUUAGCGUUGCGACAGGCCGUGCUUCCAUCACCCACAAUAACAACAACAACCGGUGCUGUUACCAAGACAAUCACUCUCAGGUCUCAGGACUCUGAUGCUGACACAGAUGCUGAGGAGGAGAGGUUGGAGCCCAAACCCCCCCAGUGUCGGCCCCCAGCAGGGAUGGUCCCGGAGUCGGACCUCAGUGAGCCCAGUGACUUCAUGGUGGACAGUGAUACGGAGGAGGAUGGACCAGGGAAGGCAGGCCAGGGACAGACUGCAUGUCGGCUCAGAGAGGGGGCAGUUGGCCCCGGGCUGCUCCCCCUGGGGGGUUCCCCUGGCCCUCAUCAGAAGUGCUCCACCCCUUUGGCAUCGUCAGUACAGGAGGAGAUGGAGACUCAGGCCUUCUUCUGUCCCUCUGACCCCUUCAGACGCCCAGCCCUCCCUCCUGUGCUGAGGCCUACAGCAGCAUUGUCCUGCUCUGCAUCAGACAGCCAGGAGGACGAUGACUUUGUGGUGGCCGAGACCCAGUCAUUUGUGUUUGAGGCCCAGAACCAGGGCCAUCAGAGCAGCCUUCCAGUGGAACCAACCCUGGAUGCUACGCAGCCCUACGGUCUGGAGCCUUCCUUGGGGGAGGACCGGGAGGAGCAGCCGAGCCGAGGCUCCUUCCAGCUGGGUCUAUCAGACAGCAGCCACCUCCACCUCCAGGCCAGGGACCAGGCCUCAGAGAGCACCCAGGCAUUCAGCUUCCCAGAUGGGGAUUCUGACCUGGAGGCCACCCAGACCUAUGGAUCUGGAGGGGGGAGAGAGGAGCCUGGCCUGGGUCAGAGGUCUGCGGUGUUCAGGAGGAACAGGCAGGUGGACUUUGUCCUGGAGGCAACACAGGCUUAUGCUGCCCAGCCUCGCAGUGACACAGAGGAGGAAGAUGAGGAGGAGACGCAGCCCUUGGAGUUCCCCACCCAGUCUAAUGUUGCUACGACUGAAACCCUGCCCAUGUCUGCCUAUGAGGAAGAGGACGGUGAGGAGGAGGAAUAUUUGGUUGGGGCCAAGCCCCUGACCCCAGUAAGGAGAGGGAGAUCUGGAGGAGCGAGGGAGAGAGAGGAAGAGGAGCAGGAGACCCAGACUGGUGAGGUGCUGACCAACCAAUACCUCUCCACAGCUCAAACUCUGGACAUGGUCCAGGAGAGUGAUGAUGAGGAAGAAGCCAAACCAGACUCGCCCAGAAGAAGACGGACCCAAAAACAGACAGUAGACGAGGAAGAGACACAGACUGUUGGAUCCUACCUCUCCACUGCUGAAACCCAGCCCAUGUUUACUGCUGCUGAGGAUGAUGAUGAUAAUGAGGAGGAAGAACUCAAACCUCCAUCACCCAGAAGGAAGGGAAUGUCCCAGAGAGGGAGAGUAGAAGAAGAGACACAACCUAGUGAGUUCCUCACCAGCUCCCACAUCUCCACCGCUGAAACUCAGCCUAUGGGUACUUGUGACACUGAGGAAGAGGAGGAGGAGGACACCAAAGCUAAAGGACAGGCUCAGAGAGAGCGAGGGAAAGAGUCGGAGGCUGGGACAAGCGGUGUCAGCAGUAGAGGUAGAAGAGGAGCUAGAGGAGGAGAGGAGGAGAACUCUGAGACUCUAAAAACGCAGAUGAGAGGGAAGGGGAAGGCUGUGAACACCGCGGGAGGCGGAGGGAGGAGAAAGGUGUUUCCUGAGGAGGAAGAGGCCGAGGUGGUUGAGCAAGGGAGGAGGGGAAGAGGAAGAAAGAGUGUGAAACAACAGAAAGAGGGAGAAAAAGAAAGACUUGAGGAGGAAGAGGGAAUAGAGAAGGAAAGACAAGAACAGGCUGAGAAGGAACGGUUGCAGAAGGAAAAAGUAGAAUCAGAAAGGGUUAUGAAGGAACAACAGGACAGAGAGAGCAUGGUACAGGAACUUAAAGAACAAGAUGAGAGAUUAGAGAGGGAGAGAGUGGAAAGAGAAGAAACAGAAAGGAUGGAGAGAGAGAAAAGAGAAGAAACAGAAAGGAUGGAGAGGGAGAAAAGAGAAGAAACAGAAAGGAUGGAGAGGGAGAAAAGAGAAGAAACAGAAAGGAUGGAUAGGGAGAAAAGAGAAGAAACAGAAAGGAUGGAGAGGGAGAAAAGAGAACAGGAGAAAAGAGAAGAAACAGAAAGGAUGGAGAGGGAGAAAAGAGAAGAAACAGAAAGGAUGGAGAGGGAGAAAAGAGAAGAAACAGAAAGGAUGGAGAGGGAGAAAAGAGAAGAAACAGAAAGGAUGGAGAGGGAGAAAAGAGAACAGGAGAAAAGAGAGCGGCUUGAGAGGGAAAGGAAGGAACGAGAAGAGCAAGAAAGACUGCAGUGCGAGAGGACAAAAAGAGAAAAGAAGGAGAGAUUACAGGAAGAAACAGAAAGAAUAGAGCGGGAGAGGAAAGAAAUAGAAGAGAGGAACAGACUGGAGAGGGAGGAAAAAGAGAAGCAAGAACGAUUGGAGGUAGAAAACAGGGAAAGGGAAGCGCUUGAGCGAUCGGAGAGAGAAAGGGUGGAGAAAGAGAGGAUAGAGGGAGAACAAGCAGAAAAGCAAAGAUCGGAGAAAGAAAAAAUGGAAAGGGAAGAAAAGAGAAAACAGGAGAGAGAACUAUUGAAGAAGAAAAAGGAAGAGAAGGAGAGAAACCUGAAAGAAAAACUGGAGAGGGAGAAGAAGGAAAGAGAAAAGAGGGAAGCCGAGGAGAAAGAAAAGGAGAUAAAAGAACGACAGGCAAAGGAACAAGGAGAAAAACAAGCCAAGAUAGACGACGAAAAUGAGCUAAAAACAUCCAGGAGAGGUCGCAGAGCAACAACCAGGAGAACCGUCACGGUUCCACCCACAACGGAACCACAACCUGAACUUAAUAUUCUGUCCAGCACACCAGAACCAGUCCCAGCUAGUAUAACUAGGUCUCGCUCCAACUCUUCCAACUCUGUCAGCUCUGAGAGAUCCAGCAUAGACACCCUGGGGAGCAGAAGGAGAGGGGGCAGGAAGACCACCAGCACCACAGAGCCAGCCCCGGGUCCAGACAACCCCACCCGCAACAGCACCAGGAGAAGGACGUUGGUAGGGACGGUUGUGGCUCCUCCUGCUGCUGUGGAGGUCACAGUGCAGGACAUUCUCUCCAGCGAACAGUUUGUUGCCAGGAGAACCCGCUCCACCUCCACCAACUCCCACAGCUCCACCAACUCGGAGGUCUCCACCUGUAUCGUGGAUAGCGUGAGCUCUCAGAGCAAAGGGAGGGGAGGAGGCAGAAGGAGGAAGACUGGGACAGAGUCUCUCUCCCCCAGUAACAGGCAGAGUGAGCAGCCUCCAGCCCUCAAGCCCACAGCCAGAGGCAGGAGAAGCCAGAAGGUUGAGGAUGAUGGUCCACACCCUGUUAUUAAUGAGAAUGCUUAUUCUCAGGAGGCUGGUGGUACCACUAGAGGGCAGAAUAAAACUGCCAAAACCAAUGAGCCAGACCCUGUAGUAGCAGAUGAAGAAACCACUCCAGCCCAGGUAACAGAGGACUCCCCCGCUCCUAGAGGGAAUGGAAGAGGCCGGGGCCGAGCCGGCCAGAAAGACAACACACCUGAAUCCACCACUACAACAGCAGGAGGGGACACUCCAAGUGAAGAGGGAGUGGAGUCUAAAACAGGUGGGAGAGGGAAAGGGAGGAAGAGGGGUCUGGAAGAGGAGGAGGAGGAGAACAGUGGGUUCAAGGUUCCCCGGAGGAAAGCUAAGGUUCAGAGGGGAGGGAGAUGCAGGGCAGCAGAGGAAGGAGAGAAAGAGGAGAAACCUGCAUCCACUCCACCAAAGAGGGGCAGAACCUCCACUGCACAGGUGAAAAAGAUAGCAGAGGAGGAGAAGAGUAUGGAGGAACAGAGUGAGAAGAUGGAAGAGGAGGAGGCUGGUGCUGUGCAGAGGAAAGUCCGAGGCAGGCAGUCGACGGUUCAGAUAAAGGAGAAAGAGGAACCUGUUUUGGACUCUAAUUCUGUGGUGCCCCAGACCCCUACAGGUAAGGGCAGAGGUAAACGUAGGGCCCCUGUGGAAUCAUCACCACUAGCCAGGACCCCUCGCUCCUCCUCUGCCUCUCCCCUGUCCUCCCUCUCCUCCCCUGGGACACUGGGCCCAGAGAGGGCCGCCACGCAAUCCUACAAGGUGUUGUUUACAGGAGUGGUGGAUGAGGAGGGGGGGAAGGUGGUGUCUUGUCUGGGGGGCAGCCUGGCGAAGGGCGUGGCUGACAUGACCCACCUGGUGACUGACCGGGUCCGACGCACCGUCAAGUUCCUGUGUGCUGUGGCCCGCGGCGUGCCCGUCGUCACCACCGAUUGGCUGGAUAAGUGUGGUAAGGUGGGUCGUUUCCUACCUACUGACAGGUACCUGGUGAAGGACAGGGAGCAGGAGAACAAGUUCAGCUUCUGUCUGGAGGAAUCACUGAGGACCGCCAGCACCCAACCUCUACUACAGGGUUAUGAGGUCCAUGUGACCAGGUCAGUGUUGCCAGAGCCAGCCCAGAUGAAGGACAUCAUCGUCUGUAGCGGAGCUCGCUUCCUCUCCACGAUGCCCUCCACUCAGAAGGCCCAGGCCCGGACCCUAGUGAUAUCGUGUGGGGAGGACUGGUCUCUCUGUGCUCCUGCACUCUCUGCUUCUCUCCCCGUCCUCAGUGCUGAGUUCCUGCUAACUGGUAUAUUACAGCAGAGAGUGAACCUGGUAACCCAUGUCCUCUCAGCCCCCAAACCCAGGGCCCAGCCAGGAGCCAAAGGCCAGGCCAGGGGGAGGAAGAGAAUGUAACAAAGACCAAACUCACCUGGGUGGUAUUCAUUAGUGCAUACUGUAGCAAAACCAUAUGCAACAGAAAACCAACACUAGUGUUUCUUAUUGGACAAGUGCAGGUAAUCCCUCCCUGUUUUAGUCUGUUUUCUACCAUUAGGUUAAUAUGACCCUGUCUACAGGGCCAGGGAGAAGGCAUUACAGUUCCAGAGAAGACCUGUGUGUGUGUGUGUGUGUGUGUGUGUGUGUGAUAGCAUGCAGCACCCACCUCCACCUGUAUAGAGAACAGUAGCAGGACCAGGCCUCAGAGGAGUGGUAACUACAGUACUACCACCCUGGAGGGGCAGGAGACCAUUAGACACCUGAGAGAGGGGAGGAUUUGGAUGUACAAGAGACAGUGGCAGCAUCCCAAAUGGGACCCUAUUGCUUACUUUUCACAAGAGCCCUGCACUAUGUAGGGAAUAGAGUGCUAUUUGGGACACAGACGUAAAAGGCUGUCGAGAGGAGACAUCCACCUGUAUGACCAACUAGACUAGAUAGUUGAGAAUGUAUUCACUCUGAUAAGAAGACAAACAAACCCAAGAGAUGGAAAUCUAUUCCUAUGUUUAUGAGGGUAGAGAGAAAAUACAUGCAGAGAAAUGCUCUGAAUAUAUUUGUGUUCAUAAAAAAUGAUAUAAAUAUGAGUUAACAUAGAGACGGAGUAAUAGAUGAGAUCAUUUACUUCCUAUCCCAGUCAUUUAUUUGAUGUAUCUUCCUCUUUUCCUGUCUUCCUCCCUCUCCUGAUCCUUUAUCUAUACUGAUUAAAAGCCAUCCUCUCGCCUUUUGUAUAAAGAUAACAAAUAUAUAUAUUAGUGCCUAUUUUACGAGGAUAGUGUUGAAUAUACCAGGUAUCUGUCUUCACCAGCUGUGAUUGCUGAAGGGACAUGUCUUCAAUCUUAGAAAAAGGACCGAACUGAUUGUCUUCAUGCUGCUCGUCCAUUUACAUCUUUGUAUGUCUAGGAGUUAUGUGUCUUUAUUUACCGACCAAUAAACCUUUUGUACUGAA